AAACCAGAAGCAAAUUCAAAACAUUGGCGGGGGCUCACGAUUCCCAUCAAAAUCAAUCUGUAGAUUCCCAUUUUGGCCGUUGAUCUGGUCAUACAUACCUGCAUCAUGACGACCUUGGAUCCCUGCCCUCGAGACAAAUUCUCGGGUGCCGAGUUAUCGGCCAUUGAAACGGCCUUGAAGAGGCGACUCGGGCCGCAGUUCAUCUCGCAAAGGCCGGCUGGAGGCGGUCAGAAGGUGGUGUAUGUGGAAGGUUGGCGGCUCGUCUCGCUAGCCAACGAUAUCUUUGGCUUUAACGGCUGGUCCCAUUCAGUCACGUCAUCCAACAUUGACUUUGUCGAUCAUAACAACGGGCGGUUUUACGUGGGCGUGUGCGCGUUUGUGCGAGUUCAAUUAAGGGACGGGUGUUUCCAUGAAGAUAUUGGCUAUGGCGUGAGUGAAGGGAUGCGAUCCAAGGCCUUAUCCAUCGAGAAGGCUCGUAAAGAGGCCGUGACCGAUGGGCUCAAAAGAGCCUUGAAGAGUUUCGGCAACGCCUUGGGCAACUGUUUGAACGACAAAGAUUACGUCCGAUUGAUAGGCAAUCAGCCCAAAAUGCCCGUGAAAUAUGAACCGAGUGAUAUCUUGCGAUCGGACGAGCAAUCGGACUUGAAAAAAAUCCGAUUAAACGCCCUUCAAUCGCGCACUUUCCACGCCCAAGAGCCGCCCCCCGUACCUGCCGAUCGUUGCCCAACGCCUCAAGGUCAGAGCACGGAGCUGGAUUUCACCACGCCCAGCACUGAAGCCACGAACCCGGAGACGCCCUCUGUGACUGAAGAGGAAUCGAAAAGGCUGGAGCGAUUGAGAAAAGCCAAACAAAAGCAGCUCGAGUUUGAUCGCCUCAAACGACAGAGGGCCGAAUCGCUCUCCGACACGCCCAGAAACCACCCGGUUAAGGUGGAGCCCGCCCCUGGACUUUUGUGCGAAGACGACGCGGAUUUCUGGGUCAACAUGAGUCAGAUGCAGGAAACGCCCUUGGCCAAGGCCAGCACGCCGAAGCGACGUAAACCCAGUACGCCUAAAAGUAAGGUCAAAGAAGGGACGCCCAGCGAAAACGCCACCCAUUUACGGGCCUCGCCCCGAUUUGCUUUGGGCGGCAAGCGAAAAUCGCCGGUUUCCCAUCAGAAUCCGAUCAGCUGAAUGUGAACGCGACAAUUUUCUCAUCGUCAAUGAAUUUUAAUCACUUUUUGACUAAUUUACACAAAUCUUGGCGCUCUAUGCAUUUAAUAUCCAAGCAAAAAUACUAAGCUAAUUGAAACCAUGA